UGAAUAGCAGGCAUGACUGAGGCCGAUCCUGCGGUGAAACACAACCCGCCCGACUAUAAGAAGCGGACGCGGCUGUACUGCAUGAACGGAGGAUUUCACCUGCAGAUGCUGGAGGACGGGACCGUCGCGGGAGCGCGUGAGGAAGACAUCUACAGCAUACUGCGCAUAAAAGCAACUAGUCCAGGAGUGGUGGUCAUUGAGGGAGCAGAGACAGGACUUUACCUCUCUAUGAAUGAAGACGGCAAGCUGUAUGCUUCAUCAUUAGUAACAGAUGAAAGUUAUUUCUUGGAGAGGAUGGAGGAAAACCACUACAACACGUAUCAGUCUCAAAAGCACGGUGAAAACUGGUACGUCGGGAUAAAAAAGAACGGAAAAAUGAAACGAGGCCCAAGAACACACAUUGGACAAAAGGCUGUUUUCUUUCUCCCUCGACAGGUGGACCAGACAAAGGACUGAAACCUGAUCAUAUUUAAUCACACAGAAUAACCGCUAACACUUCACAAUAAGACUCCUUUUGUUAACGUUCAUUUCAACAUUUACUGAAAACAUUAUUCAAAUCAAAAGCUGAAUGUUAACAUUAUUUCAUGGACCUGAACUAACAA